AUGUCAGCAACGUAUCAAAUCGAAAAGCCAGUCCGAGACGACUUUGAAGAAUGGUCCAAACUAUUCCGCGCCUACAUCGACUUUUACAAAUCCAAGAUUGACGAAGAUCAAUACGCACGAACUUUCGAUCGUAUUAUCGAGGAGAAGAAUGGACUACAAGCGCUGGUCGUGCGACAGGUUAAAGGAGAUGAGAAGAAAUUAGUCGGGAUAGCGCAUUUCUUUCCGGAGCAGACGCCUUGGAGCGAGAAGGAAAUUCUUUUACUGAAUGUCCUAAUCACUAGUAUCGAAUAG